AUGGGGUGUUACAUUAGUGGUAUCAGAGCAGGAAGUAGUUUGACAAUAAGUGGGGGAGAAACCUUGCUUCUCGAAGAGGUUUAUGUUGUAAGAGAUAGUCUGUCGAAUGAAGAGCAUGUCGAGCAUUUGCGAAUUGUGUUACAAGUGUUGAAAGAGAAGAAGUUAUAUGCAAAGUUGUCGAAUUGUGAGUUCUGGUUGCAAGAACUUAGUUUUCUUGGGCAUGUUAUUUCAAGUAAUGGUAUCACUGUGGAUCCAUCCAAAGUAGAUGCAGUACUGCAAUGGGAGGCUCCUAAGUCAGCUACUGAGAUUAAAAGCUUUUUGGGCUUGACUAGUUAUUACCGCAUGUUUAUUGAAGGUUUUUCUAAAUUAGCACUUAUGUUAACCCAACUGAGUUGUAAAGCUAAAGCGUUUCUUUGGAAUGUUCACUAUGAGAAAAGUUUCAGAGAGCUGGAGCAGAAGUUGACUACAGCUCCAUUUAUGAUUUUUCCAAAUCCUAUUGAACCGUUUGUAGUGUAUUGUAAUGCAUCCAAGAUGGGUUUAGAUGGUGUGCUGAUGCAAGACAGCAAAGUAGUGGCUUAUGAUUCAUGA